AUCCCUCCCUAGGGUUCCGGAAAGGCCCCGGGCAGACGCAGGCACGUGACCGUGACGUCACGCGCGCGCCUGCGGUCUGGGCCGAGGGUUCUCGCGUUGGCAGUCGCUCGUGGCUGCUGUCUCCCGGAGUGUCGCUGUUUCUGUCUCGGCCCUGCGGCCCGUGAGGGCUACAGCAUGUACCACAACAGCAGCCAGAAGCGGCACUGGACCUUCGCUAGCGAGGAGCAACUGGCGCGUCUGCGGGCCGACGCCAACCGCAAAUUCAAGUGCAAAGCUGUGGCUAACGGGAAGGUUCUUCCAAAUGAUCCGUUGUUUCUUGAGCCUCAUGAAGAAAUGACACUUUGCAAAUACUAUGAAAAAAGAUUGUUGGAAUUUUGUUCAGUGUUUAAACCAGCUAUGCCACGGUCUGUUGUGGGUACAGCUUGUAUGUAUUUCAAGCGUUUUUAUCUUAAUAACUCAGUAAUGGAAUAUCACCCUCGGAUAAUAAUGCUUACUUGUGCAUUUUUGGCCUGCAAAGUAGAUGAAUUCAAUGUGUCUAGUCCUCAGUUUGUUGGGAACCUUCGAGAGAGUCCUCUUGGACAGGAGAAGGCACUGGAACAGAUUUUGGAAUAUGAACUACUACUUAUACAACAACUUAAUUUUCACCUCAUUGUCCACAAUCCAUAUAGACCAUUUGAAGGCUUCCUCAUUGAUAUAAAGACUCGAUACCCCAUGUUGGAGAAUCCAGAGAUUUUGAGGAAAACGGCUGAUGAUUUUCUUAGUAGAAUUGCAUUGACAGAUGCUUAUCUUUUGUACACACCCUCACAAAUUGCCCUGACUGCCAUUUUAUCAAGUGCCUCUAGGGCUGGAAUUACUAUGGAAAGCUAUUUAUCAGAGAGUCUAAUGCUGAAAGAAAACAGAACUUGCCUGUCACAGCUACUGGAUAUAAUGAAAAGGUCCUCAUGAACAGAAGGUAGAGAUAUGUUGGAGACGGUCAUAAAAACAGUGUUUAGACAAAAAAUGUGCAUAUCUUUAAAGUUGGAGUGAUGUGUCAAAAAGCCAUUACAUUAGAGCCUUCAGACAAAAUUUGCCAAUACUGUGAUUUUUGGCCCAAGGAAAAAAGGUUUCAGAUUUCUGGACUCUGAAGGGUGAGAGUAUACAGUUGGUUGCUUUAAAACACCAAAUUAGUAAUGAUUUUAAUAGGAGCCUUAGAAAUUAAAAGACUUUGAUAACAGGCUUACCAAAACCCCUUGGUGCUAGAAUUGAGAAAUCCUCUUUAGAAAUUCUGAUUAGAAUUUCUGCUUAAUUAAUACAUGCAUUUAUGUAUUAAAUGUAUGUGUGUAUGUAACAUAUGUACACACAUACCUACGUACGUAUAAACAUAAUACACAUAUAUGGCAUAUAUAUCACUAAUUUGUGUUUUUGAGAAUCUAGAAAUGUAGCCCAGGCUAGACUUAAACUUGAAGUGUCUUUCCUCAGUUUCUGAGUGUAAAGAUUGUAGGGAUAUGUCACCAUGCUCAGUUCUUCUUGUCUUGGCAGUUAUGUUCACAGGUAUUGAAAUGUACUUUAGAGGUAAAGCAAACCAAUUAAAAUACUGGCUUGCAGACCUUUGUUUAGGGCAUAUACUUUAAUGUUUAUUUUAAAAGCUGACAUUCUAGUCAUGUAGUUUCAUGCCUUGAAGUGAUUUUUUUGCUUGAAGUAAUUUUGGAUUUCCUCUAAGCAUAAUGGAGGGUUUUUUGUUUUUGUUUUUUUUUCCCUAUAAACUGUAGGUCUUUGUAUUUACCACUAGAGGGUUCACUUCCAAAGCUAAUUGUGAUUUGAUCAUAGUACUUUCUAACAAUUUGGUAGUAGAAGGAACCAUUAAGAAAACACACUGCUUAUCUGAAGCUUACAGCUUAAUUAUUGAUUUCUUAUGAAACAAGAACACUUCAGAAAAUAUUCAGUUUUAAUAAUAUGAAGGUAUUCUUAUUGAAAAAAAGAUAUUGACCUAAAGAUGUUGAAUCACAAAUACCAAUUUCAGUCUGAAAGCACAUGACCACACAGUAAGUCCCCAGACAGGUUUCUAAUCUUGAGAUUUUUGGUUUAUUAUAUUAAAUAACAAGAUAGAAAGUAUUUUAUGUAAUCUUAUCUUUACUUAUCUAGUUUGUUUUUAACUUUUGUUAAGGAAAGCAUUCUUUUCUUGUUAUAUAUAUAUUUUUAUAUGGUAAAUAAGAGGGUAUAUUUUUGGAACAACAUCUAUAGUAUAGAUUGUUACUGUGUAUGGUUGUUAGUAGAGAAUAAAGAAUAUUUACUAAAUCACAUAGGGAUUAUUUCAAAAGCCUUAAAUUGAGAAAAAUGUAUACAUGAAGGUACUUAUAAAAAAUUACUACCAGUAUUAUAUACAGCAUGCUUAUGUUUAUGCUAUAUAUAGUAUAACAUAAACAGCAGAUACUCACUGUUUGAACUUUAAAGGCUGCUGCUGCUUGAUUUUAAUACAGAAUACAAAUCCUAGUAAGAAUAUUUGUUGUCAUCAAUGUCUUCUCUUUCCUGAAGCAAGUUAGAUUAUUAUGCUUUCUUUAAUACAAGCAGACUUUUUGGGUUGUGUUUUGUUUUUUAAAACAGGAUUUGUCUGUGUAGCCCUGGCUUUCCUGGAACUUACCCUAGACAUGGCUGGCCUCAAACUCAGUUCCACUUGCUUGUGACUCCUGAGUGCAGAGAUGGAGGCAUGUGCCACAACAUCUGGCAGAAGAGUUUUUAUUAAAUACGUUUGUAUCCCC